UUCAAGGCGAGCUCCCAUCCACGCAGACACCUGAUGUGAGGAUCAGCGCAAGUCGGGAGGGCUUCCGAGGCAACCUCCUGCGCCCCCACCCCCAUGACAGGGGGCCAACGUGGCGGCGGCGGCGUGGCGGCGGGAGCGCGUGGCACACGCGGCGGGACGCGCAGGCAGACAAAGAGAAGCUCGGCACGGCGGGAUGCGCUCUGACGCCAGGCUCGGAAUCUUCCUGGGGGGGAAGUAAAAACAAAAAAAAAAGCAAGAAGAGGAAGACAAAGAGGAAGAUUUUUUUUUUUUUUUUUUGAAGGGGGUGGGGGUGGACCACCACCACUUGUGCCCUCUUCUGCCCCUCCGGAUGCUCAGAAAUGGGGGAAUGGACUAUACUAGAGAGGCUCCUGGAGGCUGCUGUCCAGCAGCACUCUACCAUGAUCGGAAGGAUCCUGCUGACGGUGGUGGUGAUCUUCCGCAUCCUGAUCGUGGCCAUCGUCGGGGAGACGGUGUACGAUGACGAGCAGACCAUGUUCGUGUGCAACACGCUUCAGCCGGGCUGCAACCAGGCGUGCUACGACAAGGCCUUCCCCAUCUCGCACAUCCGCUACUGGGUCUUCCAGAUCAUCAUGGUGUGCACGCCCAGCCUGUGCUUCAUCACCUACUCGGUGCACCAGUCGGCUAAGCAGAAGGAGCGGCGCUACUCCACCGUCUACCUGACGCUGGAUAAGGAGCCGGACUCGCUGCUGAAGCGAGGCGGGCUUGGUGGCGGGGGCGGCGGCGACGAUUCGGCCAAGAAGAUCAAGAACACGGUGGUCAACGGCGUGGUGCUGCAGAACACGGAGAACUCCACCAAGGAGGCCGAGCCCGACUGCCUGGAGGUGAAGGAGAUGCCCAACUCGGCGGCCGCCAGGACUACAAAGUCCAAAAUGAGGCGGCAGGAGGGCAUCUCGCGCUUCUACAUCAUCCAGGUGGUGUUCCGCAACGCGCUGGAGAUCGGCUUCCUGGUGGGUCAGUACUUCCUGUACGGCUUCAACGUGCCCUCGGUCUACGAGUGCGACCGCUACCCGUGCAUCAAGGACGUCGAGUGCUACGUGUCGCGGCCCACCGAGAAGACCGUCUUCCUGGUCUUCAUGUUCGCCGUCAGCGGCUUCUGCGUGGUGCUCAACCUGGCCGAGCUCAACCACCUGGGCUGGCGCAAGAUCAAGACGGCGGUGCGCGGCGUGCAGGCCCGACGGAAGUCCAUCUACGAGAUCCGGAACAAGGACCUGCCGCGGAUGAGCGUGCCCAAUUUCGGACGCACGCAGUCCAGCGACUCGGCUUACGUCUAGAGAGGAAAAGCCCUUCCUCCGUCCGGCCCUCCUGGAACUUCUGACGAUGACGCACGCCCCAAAACGCGACUUUUGAACGGUGGGCCAAAGUUUGAUUUCCCCCUUUCUUCCCGCGAAUUUUGGGCUCGGAUUGCUAAUUUAUGCUAACGAUUGCACCCGAUGCAUCUUUUCGGAGUUUAUACUCCGAUAUAAGAGCAACCACGUGUUGACCGCCACGCACUGGACACUUCGUCAACUACGCCAGUCAUGACGGUAUUCUAUUUUCUUGGAGGAAUUUACCGAACAAUAUGCUUAGGAGUGCAGGUGGACGGCAAACGAAGCUUCUGAACACCUUACGAUCGUUUAAAUGCUUUCGAUGUAGCUCACGAUGUGACAAAGUCCCCCUUUUGGAAAUGCACUAAAAGGAGGGAAACGCCUGAAAGCUUGAUCCCAAA